AUGGUCUACAACUCAACCGUUCUCUACCCGAAUGACGAGGGUGCCACCUUCGAUGUCGACUACUAUAUCAACACCCAUAUGCCGAUCGUUCAAAAGGCAUGGGGAAAGCACGGCCUGAUCGACGUCCAACUGAUUCACUACGACGCCAGCUUUGACGCUUCCAAACGCUACAACUUUGGUGCAGUGUUGACGUGGGAGAGCAAGGACAGCAUCAAAACCGCGGUCGCCAGUCCUGAGUCCAAGGAGGUGUUUGAAGAUGUCCCCAAAUUCAGAAAUCGAAAGGCCCACUUCCUGGUGGGAGAGCUUGUCCAGGUUCCAAAGUGA